UCGCUGACUUUCCUCAUGUCUACUUGAUCAGAAAAGUUGUGAAAGUGUGGCUAGAUUAUGAAUAUAUUGUCUCUCUAGAUUGUAAAAGCUUUUAUUGAUUGUAUUUUACAUGCCAAUGCUAUUGUAUUACAUCACUCAGGAGCAACAACAUCCCUCUGGAGAGCGAUUCACAAGCACUGCCAAGCUUCUUGUUGUAGUUUGAAUGAGAAGGGCCUCCAUAGAUUCGUAUAUUUGAACUCUUAGUCUCCAGAGUUGCCAGAUCUUGAAGGAUUAGGAUUUGUGGCCUUGUUGGAGGGGGUUGUGCUUUGAGGUUUUAAAGUCCACACAGUUUCUAGUUAGUGUUCUCUGCCUUCUGCUUCUGGAUGAAGAUAUGAGCUCUCAGCGACUGCCCCAGCACCAUCCCUGCUGACUACCGCCACGCUCACUGCGAAAAUAGUGAUGGACUCGGCCACUGUGAGCCCCCAAGGGAAGUUUUAUUUCACAUUAGGACUCUUAGGAAAGAUAAAGAAUUACCUCUCCAAGAGGCCACUGCCAUCUCCAGAUGACCGGAAGAAGUUUGAUCAUGAGUUUGCCCUCUCUACUUCCUUUCAUGGGAUCCAUAACAUUGCCCAGAACCGGAACAGGGUUCGCAAGGUGAUCUGGCUGUCUGUGGUGCUGGGCUCUGUCUCACUCGUGGUAUGGCAAAUCUAUAGUCGCUUGGUCAACUUCUUCACAUGGCCCACCACAACAUCUGUAGAGGUGCAGUAUGUGGAAAAAAUCGAGUUCCCGGCUGUGACAUUCUGUAACUUGAAUAGAUUCCAAGCAGAGGCUGUAUCAAAAUUUGGCAUCAUUUUCUUCUUAUGGGAUGUAGUUUCUAAAGUCAUCCGCCUUCAGGAAGUUAGUGCCAACAAAACUCACUCUCCAGAGGCCUUAGAUUUUGUUGCAAGUCACCAAAACUUCAGCAUUACAGAAUUUGUCAAGAACAAUGGUUUUUAUCUCAAUCAGGACACUUUGUUGCACUGUAAAUUUUUUGGAAAACCCUGCGGUCCAAAGGAUUUCAAACACGUCUUUACUGAAUACGGAAAUUGCUUUACUUUUAACCAUGGUGAGAAUUUCCAAAGCAAGAAUAAAGUGAGCUUGUCCGGAAGAGGUUUAAAGCUGCUCUUCGAUGUCCGUCAGGAGGAAUUUAUUGAUAACCCCUUGCCUGGUUUUGUUGAUGCCGGAAUCAUCUUUGUCAUUCACUCACCAAAGAAGGAGCCGCAGUUUGAUGGCUUAGGCCUGUCUUCUCCUGUGGGCAUGCACUCACGGGUGACCAUCCGUCAACUGAAGCCUUGUGUCCUGUCCUGUCACCUGCAGACAGUCCACCAGGAACACCCGUGGGGAGAGUGCAAACCUGACAUCAAGCUGAGGAACUUUCCCACCUACAACACCUACAGCUGUCUGAAGGAGUGCAAAGCCCAGCACAUCCAGAGGCUGUGCGGAUGCUUGCCCUUCCUGCUUCCAGGAAACGGUGUUGAGUGCAAUCUACUAAAACACUACAACUGUGUAUCUCCUAUCAUUGACCACAUUGAGCUCAGGGGUCUGUGUACGAUGGGAACACACAACUCCAGCUGCCCCGUGUCAUGUGAAGAAACAGAAUACCCAGCUACUAUUUCCUAUUCUACUUUCCCAAGUCAGAGAGCAUUAAAGUUUCUUGCAAAGAAACUGAAUCAAAGCCAAGAAUAUCUCAGCGAGAAUCUUGUGAACAUUGAGAUAAAUUAUAGUGACUUAAACUAUAAAGUAACACAGCAACAGAAGGCAGUGAGUGUCCCCGAGUUGCUCGCCGAUGUUGGCGGUCAGCUGGGCCUAUUUUGUGGAGCUAGUCUGAUUACAAUUAUAGAAAUUAUUGAAUAUGUAUUGACCAAUUUCUACUGGCUAUUCAUUUUCUUUUUGCUCAAAAUACUUGAAAUGAUCCAGAGGAGUACUCCACCUCAGGCAGUGUAGAAGAAUGUUAAUCUUAUGUUAGAACAAAAAAUUGCUUUUUUUUUUAAUGCAUAUAAUUAUAAUGGCUCAUUCAUUGUCAUGGACUUUAUGUCAUAGUUUGGAAAGUCUAAUAAAAUCAUUGAAGAUUCAUAUUUCUGUAUACACCCUUUCUACCUGUAUUGUUUAAUAUAGUUGUAUUUGUCUAUUUUUCUGUUGUAGACUGAGCAUGGAAAAUACUAACAAUUACAUAAUAGGCAUCUUUUACCUUUAUAUAAUAAUGGAAAGUAUACUUUAUAAUUAAAUAUGGUAAUUGCAUCUAUUGAACUGCAUACGGUUUUGAGGAUUAUUUUAAAUGUCAACUGCCACAACCUAGAAUCAGCUGCAAAUAGUCUUUGUUAAAGAAUUCUAUAGCUUGCUUUGGCCCAUGGACAUAUCUGCUGUUAACUGACUCAGUUCAGUAUAGGCAGCAUCAUUCCCUAGGCUGGGCCUGAACUUAAAGACUGGAGGCACCAAGCAGUCAAAGAGAACCCAUGCAUCUGUCCCCUCUCUGCUCUUCACUGUGGAUGUCAGGUUUCAAGUCAAGAAAGAACCCAUGCGUCUAUCCCUCUCUGCUCUUCACUGUGGAUGUCAGGUUUUGAGUUCCUGCCUUGACUCCCACUCAGGGGAUGGACUGUGAUCCGGAAUUGUAAGUCAAAGAAACCCUUUCCUUCCUUGGUUGCUUUUUGUGAGGGUAUUCUUACAACAUCAAAAUCAAAGCUAGAACAAUGGACCAUCAAGACAAUUGUUCAUUUAGGAACUAGUGUGCAUAGUUUUUGCUUUCUAAACUUUCUCAGAAUAUUUAUUUUCAUUAAAUCAGAGCAUUUUUGUUCUUCCUUCUGCAUAGUUUUAUUAUAACUGACUAGGGGAUGCAGGAAUCUGCAUUUCCUGUACAGAUGGAUUCAUAAAUCAAUGUAAUUGAAAAAUGGAGCUGAAUCUGUGGUAGAGAGGGCUGCACAGUGUCCCUUUAUCCCCUUCUAGCAACUCUUAUGCACUUAUUUAAGCUAGAAAAAAAUCCAACAGUUCCAUUUGUUAUGUUUUAGGCGAUCAACCAUUUUCAGCCUCUCAGAAUGUUUGUUCAAUAGAGAAUUGCUCAAAAGCCUUCUUUAACACAGAGAACAAAUAAUCAAGGCAAAGGACUCUAAC